GGAAACGACAGUUGAAUGAUGGAGGUGGAAAGGACUGAUGAUGUUUAUGUGAUAGCACUGCAGGCUGUUGUCCGCGGUUUCCUGGUGCGGCGGAGGCUAAAGAAAGUGCGAGAGGAAUAUGAAGAAACAGCGCGAGAGAUGGAAGGAGAGUGGGCUGCAGUGCGCUGGGGAAGAGGCCUUCUCUCCAUGCCACAUUUUACCCAAGCGAAACCAUUCCAUGGAUUUGCGCAGUGUGACCAAGUGCUUACCGAUAUAGCUACUCCUGUAACGAAAAGCAGCAAACUGCAUCAUGGACAUCUACUUGACAGUAGGGAAGAGUGCGUCUUUGCAGAAACAAACCAGCAGACAGAGCUGACUCCUGUAGGUAUUGGUGGUGAGAAGGGAUUUUCAGGACUUCUGUCUGAUAAAUGUAAAGAGGAGCUGGCAUGGACUGUCUCCGAGAAUAAUAAAGCGCAGACAGAGCCUGUUUCAGAUAGAAUAAGAGAACACUUUUACACGGCUGAGAGAGAGUUUAUAAGAACUGACCUAGGGACAGACAUGAUGAAGAAAGGGACAGACAUGAUGAAGAAAGAUCAAGGGGAAUGGCCCGCAAGGACUGCCUCAAUAGCUCGCACAGAUAGAAGCCAAGAGAGCUUGGACUGGAGCAGUGACAGCAUAUUAUGGAGUGGAACAAAACUGGAGCCCGAAUUUGGAAUAGGGAAUCUGAGUGAUCUGAGAAAACACCGGAGCCACUUGGCAAUGGAAAUAUUGUGGGUGCAGCAAGCUAUUGCCAGUCGAAAAAAUUAUUUGAUGGUCAGACAGAAACUGGGAACACAAGACAGAUAAGAAGGUUUUGAGUUCUUCGAUCACCAGAAAGCAAUGCAGUCUGUGAAGGAACCAAACACAUGUGAAUACUAUUACUUGAAGACUAAUUUUUACCUGGACAAUGCAGAAUUCUGUACUUAAACGUGAUCAUAAAUUAAUAUUUCCAACUGUAUAUUUAUACUUUACAUAUACAUGCUGUAUUAUGAUGUUGAGCAUCAGUAUGCAUUUAUAAUGAACAUAGUUUGUAAUAAAAUUAUAAAUUUA